AUGAAAACAAAUAUUAAAAAAAUAUCAAUUAAAAGUAUAAAUAUUUCAGAUGAAGUUUUAUAUGAUAAAAUGACAGAUUAUUAUUCUUUAACAAUUAUUAAUGUUAUUGGUGAUACAUUUAAAAAUGGUAUAACAAGACCACUUCCUUCUCUUAUAUUUUUAAAUAUUGAAAGUAAUAAAUUAGAAAAUACAAUAUUGAAAUUCUCAUUAAUAGAAAAAAUAUCAAAUCUUAAAAUUGAAGGUAGUUUUAUAUAUUUGGAAAACGAUUUAAGUAUUGAUAAUAAUAAACUUUCUUAUUUAAAAGUAAAUGCUUUAAAUUAUCCAGAUUUUUCAAAUUUUGAAAUACUAUCAACUGUUGAUUUUAAUUUUAAUGAUAAUUUUUUAAAAGAUUCAGUUCAAAAUGUUUCAACAAUUCCAUCACUUGAUUCAAUGUUAAUUAGAAAUACAAUACCAUUGGAAUUUAAUUUUAAUCUAUGUCCAAAUGUAAAAAGAUUAUUGGUUCAAGGUCCAUUAUCCAAACCAAGAAAUCCAACAGAAAAUUUUAAUGUAGAUGGAAAUUUUCCAUUAUUACUUGCAGAGAAUACAUAUUUUACAAUUUAUAAUUCAACUUUUAAUAAUGUUCCAUCAAAUUUAAAAAGAGGUAUUAAUUCACUUACAAUGAUUUAUGAAACUAUAUUUUUAAAUUCAACAUUACCAAAAUUUACUGGUUCAGGCUUUACCUUUAUAUAUCCAAAUAAUAAUAUAAUUGGAACAAUAGAUGAAUCUUGGUGUGAAACUCAUUUAUCAGUUAGAAAUAAUGAAUUAGAAGGUUCAAUACCUUCAUGCUUUACAUGUUAUUUUAAAGAUAAUGAAACUUAUUUAAAUGGAGAUGUUCUUUCAAUGUUUGAUAGAUUUCUUGGUAAUAAAUUCACAAAUUAUGAUAAAACAAUAGAAUGUACAACAUUUGAACCAGUUGUUACAAUUGAUAAAUCAAAUGGUAAAAAUAAUGAAAUAAUUUUAUCAGGUAAAGAUAUUGGUUUCAAUUAUAAAAGUUGGCUUUAUAAUGAUAAAGUUAUGAAUUUAACAAAAACUAAUAAAGUUGGUAAAAGUUAUACACUUAGUAUUGAUGAAGAUUUAUCUUUAUUAGAUUUUAUUCCAAUUCAUUUCAUUUAUCCAAAUAAUCAAACAUUAUUUUUCCCAAUUAAAGAUAAAUUGUUUACUAUAAGUUCAGUUACUUCAAAAGUUGAUAAUAAUAAUAAUUUAUUUUUAAUUCAAGGUAGUUUAUUUUCAACAUAUAAAGGAUACAUUAAACAAUUGGUACAAAUUCAAGGUAUAGAUUGUAAGAUCAAUUUUGAAGAUUUCUUUCAUAUAGAUUGUAUUACAAAUCAAGCAAUUCCUAUAGUUGAAAGUAAAUUUAAAAAGUUAACAAUUAAUUCUGGUUCAUUUUCAAAAUCAGUUUUAAUUAAUAUUACAGAUGGUGCGAUAAAUCAAAAGAAUUGUAUGAAUGAUUGUAAUGGUGCUAAUGGUAUUUGUAAUUUAUAUUUAGGAAAUUGUAUUUGUAAUGAGUAUCAAUGGUUAGGUGAAGAUUGUUCAAUACCAUAUCAUUAUAUUUCAUCGGUUGAUGUUCCAACAACACCAAAUGGAGUUUCAAGUUUUUCAGGUAACUUUGGUGAUAAACAUACCAAUUUAUCAAUAACAAUUGGUAAUUUACCAUGUGAUCCAAUUAUUUUGAUUUCUACAAAUAUUAUUACAUGUAAAGAACCUAUUGGUAGUGGAACUAAAUUAGCAAUAAUUACACAAAAUGGUGUAAAUGCAUCUAUAAUUUAUAAUUAUUAUCAAGCUUAUAAGCAAUGCCCUUCAAAUUGUUCAAAUCAUGGUAUUUGUAAUAACCAAACUGGUGAAUGUAAAUGUAAUUCUUUAUACAAAGGUUUUGAUUGUAGUAUUUUAAUUGACAAUGGCGGUGGUGGUCUUCCAACUAAUUCAACAGUAAAUGAAAAUACAGGAGGUACAGAUAUAUCAAAUCAAGAUACUCAAUUUAAAAUUUAUUUUAAAUCAUUAGUUGAAGUUGAUUUUAAUGGAAAUCCAAUAAUUGAAUAUAAAUUAUUAGAUAAUUGGAAAUCAAUUAAAACAAAUGAUAAAUUUAUAUAUAAGCUAACUCAAAAAUUGAAUAAUACUCAAUGUGAAAUCAUUUCAAAUAUUGAAGAAAUUCAACAAAUCGAUGGUAAACAAUUUACAUUUGCAAAUUUAAAUUUCAGAUUAGAUCAAGGUUCAAUUAAAUUUAGUUUAAAUAUAGUUAAUUAUACUUAUCAAAAUAAUUUAAAUACUCUUAGACUUGAUUUAAUAUCAUCAGUUGAACAAAUUAAUUACAAAGAUAAUGAAUGUAAUGAAAAAGAAAUAUCAAUUGAUACAAAUAAUAAUAAUAAUAAUAAUAAUAAUUUAUCAUCAUUUAAUUAUAUUAAAAUUUCAAAGAAUAAUAAGAUAUUAAAUGGUAGAUUCAUAAAUAAAGUUGUAUCAGAUGGUAAAGUAACUUUUCUAUCUACAACUAUUAAAAAUGAUUCAAAUUCUAUAAUUAUAUCUUUAAAUUUACCACAUUGUAUAAAUGAAUGUAUUAUUGAUCCAGAUUUCUCAUUAUUAGUAGAUAUGAAAUCAUAUGAAUCAUGUUCAAAUGAAAAUAAAAGAGAAGCUUGGUUCCUUCCAGUAGUCAUUGUAAUUCCAACUAUAUCUUUGGCAUUACUUGUUAUAUUGAUAUUUAUACUCUAUAAAAGAUCCACUGUUUUGAAAAUCCAAAUUCAUAAAUUAAAAAGAAUAAAUAAAAAAACAUAA